GCACAGUCUCCUCAGUCCAAAGCCUAUCAAUGGCUCAUCAGCAACCAAAACUCCUCUCAAGAAUUACCUAGGUGGAGACUAACACAAAGGUUUGCCCUUAGCCACAUUCUACUUUUCUACGAGGGGAGACCAUUGGGUUAGCCAUCGUGGAUGGCUCGAUUGGGCGACAAAUGAAUGCAACUGGGAACAAGUCUACGUUUUACCAAAUAGCACUCCAGAAAUGACCUGCAAUGAGAAGGGAGAAAUCACAGUAGUGACAAUUGAGAGGACCAACAACCUGGAGGGAACCAUUCCACCAGAGAUCUCAUUGCUCGGGAACAGUCUCGAGUCUUUCAUGUUGUAUCGACAACUGACAUUGACAGGAAGUAUCCCAACUGAGGUCGGACUGCUAACAAAAUUGACUCGAUUACUUUUGAGUGUAACAAGCAUUAUUGGAACACUCCCAACAGAGCUCGGGUUGUUGCAGGAUCUAGAGGAGAUCACGAUUCUUGAGUCACACCGAAUCUCUGGAUCAUUGCCUUCAGAGCUUGGCAAGUUAGUCAGGCUAUCGGCAUUGCAUGUGGCCCGAACCAAUCUAGCAGGUUUAGUUCCUGUUGAAAUUUUCCAAUUGCAUGGUCUUAGGUAUCUCACCAUUGAGGAGUGUCCUGGUUUGAUCACUGAAUGUGCUCUUGAACAAGUUGUUUGCAAUAUGCAGCAGCUGGUAUCUUUUUCCUUGUCAAGCCGAAGUUUUGGAGCAGCCAUUUCAAUUCCAUCUGAAAUUGGCAAUCUCACAGAACUUCAACUCCUUAGGCUUCACGAUUGGAGAAUUCAUGGCGCUCUCCCAAGUGAGCUUGGGAAGUUGACAAAGCUGGUCGCCCUAGACGUUUCCGGCAACUCCAUCUUUGGAACGCUGCCACAUGAGUUGUUUGCACUGACCUAUCUGUACAGUUUACUGGUUGGCUCCAACCAGUUGGAGGGGACACUGCCACUUGAUCUUUUCACCAACUUGGCAAGGUUAGAGUACCUAAACAUGAAUGGCAACCACUUUUCAGGUACAGUUCCAACUGAGGUUGGCCUGCUGUCUAGUCUUGUGAAACUUGAAUUGCAGAAUACCAGCCUCUCUGGCACAAUACCCACCGAGCUAGUUGCCCUGGAAAACAUGACGAGCUUGGCAAUCAAAAAUACAUCUUUAUCGGGCAGCAUCCCUGAAGAGCUGUGCGAGAAGUUGUACCAAAAGCAAUGGCAAUGCCAUCAAGUUGCACCCUGUCAACUUCUACCUGUUAAAACCAACACAUCAGAAUGCCAUGGAACUGGUCUGUGUGGAUGUGAUUGUGGUCCUUGUCCAUGAGAAGUCUGGUAGAAAGUGCCAGCUCUACCGUAGAGUUUCAAGAUAGUGAAUUCCUUUCAAACACAUCAAAUAAGGUGUUGGCCUGAUGAGGAAUACUUUUACUUGCUCACGAGUUUUCAAUAGCAGCAUCAACCCACCCAGUGGCUGGAUUGGGAGGAUGCUAGUAGGUGAUCUGCAAUAGUUAGUCGUCAGAUGCAACAGCUGCAAUUGCGACCAAAACUACUAGCUACUAACUAACUAACUAGCUGGCUGGCUGACCAAUUAACCAGCUGGGGCUGUACGCUGUAUUCCCGAUGAAACAAUCUGUUUCAAACGAGCUGAAGUUGUGCAUAUCAGAGCAAGGGAUUCGAUUCAUCAAGGGCUUGACUUCGUUUGCGACUUGGACCUUGUACAUGUACUCGUACCGCUGGC